GGAGUCUGCUAGAAUCUCCGAGGCUGAAGUGGAGGCAUGGCAUUGUGGUGCCUACACAGGGGGGAGGAAUAUCGCCGCCGAACCCACAAGCACGCAUGCUGUAAAUUACGUUACUUGCCUCACACGGAUUGUCUUUCCUUUGAAGUUCAGUCCGCUUUGAAAGAAUUAAGUGGUUAAGCAUUGUGCUGGAAAGCCCUUGAAUACACACCAUUUUCCACGACAUAGCGCCGGUCAACUAUUGAGUUUUAUCAUUUGGUUUUCAAGCAGCCAAUACCAUCGAUACCUGUGAUUUGUGGUCGUCACGCACACGAGGAGAUGCGCCGGUGUCGAGUCGUGCCCGCACACGGUAACUCGUGCCUGUGCUGCCGGUCAAUACAGUCGACGUAAUUACAGGGUAACCAACAUAAAACCAUGACAGUGUUUGUGCGGAUCAAAUCACAUGGGUGUAUUGAUUGGCCAGACACCGGCUAAUGAAUGAAAUACCUGUGCAGACUCGACUACAUCAAACGAGACACCGGAUGCUUGGGACCAGGAAGGUGUCAGGAUACGGAGUUUAGCUCGUUCUGAAAGUCCACGACUUUUGUAUGUUUCUCGAGGACAAUGUUGCUACAUUUCACGCGCAUCUGUCCCGACCACUCGCUUCAACCGAGAACAAUGUGAACGGGAGUUUCAGGGAUGCACGUGUGGGCAAUCCAGUUUUACCUGUGCCUGAGUGGGACUUGGCGUCUCGACAGUGGGGCCGUGCAUGGCCGUUCCACGUCUACGGCUUCUCCCUCCUCUUCUUAACAGUCUCCCUGCUAUCUGUGGGUCUUGUGUUCAAAUUCUAUCAGAGAAUCAGAAGAUCGAAAAUUGUCCUAAACACGACGUGUUUGCUGUGCCUCUCGGGACUGUUCCGGAUUCUGUACCUUACCGUGGAUCCGUAUGGGUAUUCCAGGAACUUCUCUGGAGUGUUUGUUGGAGUGUUGUCGCAGAUUAUUUACCCUUUCCUCUGUGCCUCGUUCGGACUCAUUCAGAUCAUGCUGUUACGAAUGACCAAGGUUGAUGUGGGAAAAAGCAAACUCCGAAGUUGUACGUAUCUCUUCGCAUCGACUUUAUCCUACCUCUUUUGCAUAGUUUUAGCAGAAGUCAUAGUGUUCUAUGAAGUCAAAGCCAAGCUUUUGCUCAUUAUUGACAGCGGGUUUUUUAUCGUGUUAUCGUUAUAUCUAUGCAUCAGUUUUAUCUGUAAUGGAUUCAGGCUCUCGCAGUAUGCGUCAGAGACUAAAAGGGUUAGAAAGGAAUUGGGCAAUUUUAGCACUAGGCGAGUCCAGCCAGGGGUGAGAACAAGCAAGUCGUCAAGCUCAUUACGAUUAUCCCGUCCAAAACUUCGCAUAACUGACGAGAACCAUAUGACAAUAGCUAUAGCUACUGACGUAGACACGACGUCGUCAUCGGACGAAAAUGGAAACGGGACAAAAAAAGACGGUAGGAUACAAAUUAAGAAAUUGACUACAUCUGAUGGCGUGGAACCCCCGCAGGAACAGGGGAGCGAUCGGUCGGAGACAGAGGUAUUGUUAUCCGACGAGGAGACACCUCCUCAGGCAAAUUCGGAGUCUUCAACGGGCGUUGACGGUUUACCAAUUACACACCCCCUGCAAACAUUUUCCGAUUUCCAGUCAUUAUCUGACGACGAGGAGAGCAGACGACCUAUGAUCCAGAGGCAGACGACAGUAAACUGUGCGUCAGACCCAGACUCCGAAGAUGACUGUAAAAGGAUUAGGCGUAAUCGCACACCUGGAGCUACAGGAACUCUGGAGAAUGGUUACAUGGCGGACACGGAAAUAGUCUUCCACUCUCCUAAAUCCAGAUGUAGGAACACGAGGGAUGUUCGAGACAAACAGCAGUGUAGGCCAAUCUUGGAGGAUUUUGACAGUACCGACCUUGAACGAAACAGCAGUACAUUGUCUGUGAAUUUCAGAACCAAACCAUCCUCAAUAAGUUUGUUGAGAAUUCGACAGAGUAAAAUGAUUCAGAGGGCUGUCCAUAUUACUUAUUCAAUUACAUUCCUAUUCAUGUUUGCGUGUCUGUUGCAACUGUACACAGUUUUCGGAGUGUACGGAGUUCUCAAUUCCUCCUUCGUUCCGGAUCCAUGGCCUUGGUACACAUUCCAGACGCUCUUCAGGUGAGUCCAAGUUUCAUUUGAAUAUAUAGAAAACAACACAACAGACCUUUCCAUAAAUGUCAUAAGAAAUCAUUCCUGA